AUGCCAGAAACAAGCAAGGAAGUGAUCCAUAAAGCACCCAAGCAGCAAGCACCCAAAAAGCCAACUCCAAAGCACAACCACGAUCGAAAUGCUGAUACAAAGCGUAAACUAUAUCGAGAGUCAAUGGAAAAUGUUCGUAAACAGGUUCGUAUAGAAACUCCACCCGCCAGUACCCCACCCGCCACAGCAAUAUCUCCAUCUGAUACAUUAACAUCUACUGAACUGACACCAGAUUUGACAGAAUUACCACGUAAGAGGUUUUAUCGUCAACGAGCUCAUUCAAACCCAUUCUCUGAUCAUCGCUUAGAUUACCCAACCUCACCAUCCACCAUGGAUUGGUCAGCCAUAUACCCCAGUGCAUCGCUUGGUCAGAAUAGUAAUAGUAAUAGCCGCAAAGUGGAAAUUGCCGAUAUUGGAUGUGGCUUUGGUGGGUUAAUGAUUGAUUUGGGCCCCCAAUUCCCCGACUCGUUGAUUCUAGGUAUGGAAAUACGAGUACAAGUGACUCAAUACGUUGAAGAUCGAAUUCUUGCAUUGCGCAAGUUGCAUGAGUCAGAUCCAGUUUACAAAUACGAUAAUAUUGGGGUCAUACGAGGCAAUGCUAUGAAAUUCUUGCCUAAUUUCUUUGCCAAGUCGCAAUUGUCAAAGAUGUUUUUCUGUUUUCCUGAUCCUCAUUUCAAACAACGUAAACACAAGGCUAGAAUCAUAACUCAUACGUUGUUGAGUGAGUAUGCUUAUGUUUUGAAAGAAGACGGCGUCAUUUAUACAAUUACUGAUGUUGAGGAUUUACAUCAUUGGAUGGUUAAACAUUUGGAGCAACACCCAUUAUUUGAACGUUUGAGUAAAGAAUGGGAACAACAGGAUAAAUGUGUUGAGAUCAUGUAUAAUUCAACAGAAGAAGGACAAAAGGUGGAAAGGAAUAAAGGAUCCAAGUGGGUUGCUUGUUUUAAAAGGUUGCCCAAUCCUGAUGACUGUGAAUAA